AUGGAGACCCCGGUCAAACUUAGACAAAGGAUCAUGCAGCUCAGCGGAUGCCACGUGGCUAAGGAGCUUAAGGUUACAGAUACAAUGAGGCGCCGCCAUCUAAAACUUGGACAUGGCGAGAUUCAAACUAGGAGGUGGCGGGAUGAGAAAAUCGGAACAAAACCGGUAGAGAACCAAAUCAAAUCGGGGAGAAAGGAUUCACGAUUCUUUGGUCGGCGGGCGCGUGGGCAAUUGAAAUAUUGGCAGUGGCCAUGGCCGGCAGGGAGGGGUUCAGAGCGGCGGCGGCGGGUGAAGGGACGCUGGGAUUUCUCCCUCUUCCAAGCUCGAAACGGCCGGAGGCAGGAGAGCCAAGAGAAACCUCUGAAGGGCAGGGUGCGCGAGCAUGGCGCUCAGCUCCGGCGGCAGGGAGCAGGCUGGGGGGUGUUGACUGGCAACGGUGCUGAGGCUAAAGGCGUCGGGAGAGGUGGGGGAGGAGCCAUGAGGGUUGAAAGACGGGAAAAAAACCAAAAAAAUAAAAGGGGGUUGACGGCCGAAAGCCGCCAGCAGCGGCGGCCGGUGGGCCGGUUAGGAGGAGGAGGUGGUUGGGGGAGAAGGAUAUGGAAGAGGAGAUGCUUCCUCCUUGGCCAUACGUUCGAAAAGGCUUCCAUCAUAAGCAGCUCGAACAAUGUCUUUGUGAAGCAAGCCCUGUUUGUCUUUGCAAAGGUAAUAAAGUAUUCUCCACUCCGCUAG